GUUUGUGACACAUAUCUUACAUAGGCUAGCUAGCUAACAACAUCAUUGCAACACCACCAUGCAAUAUUAUUCCUCAAACUUUGUUAACUUAUGUCUUAGUUGGCAUCCCAUGGUUCACAUUAUUUAUAAUUACACCACCCCAAAGCUAGCUCCCUCAAUUUGAAGCCAACAAAGACCUUGAUUCGCUCCCCAUGCCCCACAUCCAAAGCCCCAUGCCAUAACCAAUCUUCUAACAUCAGCAUCACACACACAUACACACAUAUAAACCCUAAUCUUCUUUCUUAUGAAAACCUACCAUCCUCCCACUCUUCCAUCAUGGACAACAACAUCACACACCACAAGAAGCCCUCCUCCGGGGACUCCUUCUCCUUCCCUAGCACCCCCACCCUGGACUCGGCCGACUUCGAGUUCGGGUCCCUCACGCCGGACUCGCCCUCCACCGAGCCCUUCGCGGCCUCCCCGGCCGACCACCUCUUCCUCAACGGCCGCCUCCAGCCCCACUACUUCCCUAUUACCAGCCGCAACAGCAGCAACAGAGACUCCCUUUUCUCGUCGCGAAGCAACAGCACCAACAGCAGCUGCAGCAGCGCCAGGACAAGCUCCAGCGACAGCUCCGAGCGAAAAGCCUUCCACAACAAGCUCAAGGGUGGUGGCUCACUUAGGGCAAAGACUCAGUCCCAUCAUCAGGCAUAUUGUUCCCAGAGGUGGCAGUAUAUAACUCCGGUGCCAGCCGCAUUGAGCCGCGACGGCUCUGUGAGAAGAAGGGGGGACACAAACCAAGGGAAGAAGAAGAAGGACAAAGGAACCAAAAGGAACAACAACAACAAUGAUAACAAUAACAAAAAUAAGGGGGUGAGGUUGGGUUUUGGGAGAAGGAUUUUGCGGUGGUUUGUGAUGGCUUGCAGAGAAUGCCAUGCCAUGGAACCAUCGUCCAAGGGUCGUAGUAAAGAGAUGUGAUUUGAUCGAUGUUGUGGCAAGGAAAUGUGAAUAGUUUAGCUUAUGAAACCUUUUGUUUUUAACGUAUAUGGAGUUUGGGAAGAUAUAUAUAGUAUAUAAGUGAUCUAUGUUAGGCUUUGUGCAUGUGUUGCCACAUGAAAGUGUUUAUUUCACUUGUCGAUGCAAAAAUCGACGGACUUGGUUUUGGAUCUCCGAGUAUUUGUGACCAAAAGAGGUGUUUGAAUUUGACCAUUGAAGAAAUUUUUGCCUUGGAU